AUGUCGAAUACAGAAGAAUUUGUAAACACGCAGCCGCGAAUCAAAACACGUAAGUCCACUAAGUCAGACAUGUUGCCGAUGACAAUUACAUUAGCGCCGAUCGACUUAACGUCGAAUAACUUACCUUUAGCUUGGAAGAAGUGGCUUACUAAACUAAAAGUCUACCUAAGAGCCAACAAUUUAGAAGACGAAACAGACAGUAGAAAGGUAGCGAUUCUCCUUAAUUUCAUAGGGUCGGAGGCACUCGAGAUCUACUAUUCUUUUGGCCUAGACCUGGACGACUUGUCUUUCGAUGAUCUAUGCAAUAAAUUUGACAAUUAUUUCACACCUAAGAUUAACAUUACAGUCGAACGUCACAAACUUUUUAGUAGAAAACAGGCACCAAAUGAGUCAAUCGACACAUAUGUCACAGAUAUAAAGAACAUCAGUCACUCUUGUGAGUUUGGAGCACUCAGGGAGGAUUUAUUAAAAGAUAUUUUCAGCUGGAACUGUAACAAUCCAUACUAUAAAGAAAGAAUUUUGAUAGAGAAACCCAAGACGCUAGAUGAGGCUAUCAAUAUAGCCAAAAGGUGUGAAGCAACCAAGCAGCAAACUAAAGCUUUGGAGGAUGCAUCACUACACUUUAUAGGAAGAGUCUCAAGAUCCCCAUCCCGUCGUGAAGCAGCAAUACCAAGGAGCACAACAAGGUACCAACGUUCAGCAUCAAACACAUCAAAUUCAAGGAACACAUGUGAUAGGUGUGGACAAGUGCACAGGUACAAGUGUCCUGCAAAAGAGGCGUGCAGAAGGGUACCAUUCCAACUACAACAACCACUAAAGCAAGAGCUGGAAGCCAUGGAGCAAAGUGGAGUUAUUCAAAGAGUCGAAGAGCCUACGGAAUGGCAUUUCGACAUAAAAAAACAAUCCACAGCAAUCGAGUGUCAUAUAUCUGAGAAAAUGUUAAGGAAUAUAAGACAGGCUGCCUUUUGCGAGGAUUAUCACCAACCUGGCAUUUUAUUUAUAUCGUAUCCGCAGGAAACAAGCGAGGUUGUGCUUUUAAAUAGUACCUUGGAUGGACCUGAGGCAGAUGUGCACCGCAGAAGGUGCGCCGCGUGCCAGCUGUCGUCAGAUCCCAACGUGCCAUCGAUGAACUCGUUUGAUAUUUUUAUUGUAGACUAUUUUAAACUACACAGUAAGCUU